UUUGCCAGGGAGAUCGAUGUCCACUGGACCUUGAAGUCGGGCGUGCCUCCGGAAAGCUCUGCCGACGAGCUGUUUGUCUGCUCUAAACUUAUACUUGCAAUAGGACAUAAUGCUGCAGCUUUCUUGUCAUCUUUUAUUCUGGAUUCUGUAUGUUGGGAAAUAGUUGGAGCUGUGAAGCUGUGGAAUGAGUGGUGUCGAACAUCCAGCACAACAAAUGUCCUCCCAACAGAUUCUUUUUGUUUGUUUUACCGAUUAAUAUCAGAUCCAACAGUUUGGUUGUGCCAGUGCAGUUGUUACGUGGCUGAGGAUCAGCAGUUCCAGUGGCUUGAAAAGGUUUUUGGCUGUAUGCGGAAGGAGGGCUUGCAAGUAACCAUUCUUUCAACGUGUCCUGUAGCUGAUUACAAAACUCAGGAAUCCACUUUAACACUUCCAUCUCCCUUUCUGAAAGCCUUGAAGACAAAAGAAUUCAAAGAGCAGGUCUGCUGCCCACUGCUGGAACAACCCAACAUUGUGCGAGAUCUUCCUGCUGCUGUUUUGAGUUACUGUCAAGUGUGGCAGAUUCCUGCGGUGUUGUAUCAGUGUUACACUGAUAUCAUCAAACUGGACACUGUGACAAUUGAAGCGUUCAAGCCUCUGCUUUCUUCUAAAGUCCUGAAGAGUUUAGUCAAGGAUGUAUCUGAAAGCACGAAGAUCUUGAAGAAGUUACUGAUAACCAAUGAAAGUCACAAUAAUAUCUAUAUCUAAAGAGGAUAUUUAUGAUGCAGACUGCACUUUCAUAAACUCCAAUUUCUUCUGUCUACAGAAGAACAUUUUGGUAUUGUAGUUGUUUCCUUAAAAAUGGAAUAAAUUCCAGUAGAUUCUUUUACUUCUG